GUUAAAGCAGAGUUAUGCUCUUCUCUUAAAGAAGACUCCUAUGUUUCCCUUUGUCUUGUGUUUGUUCAGAAUGGAUUGUUGAGUUAAAGUAAAGAUCUGUGCAAUGUGUUCAGAUAACUGGCAUGGUAUUAUGACCAGUGAGCUUAAAAUAAGAUUUUACUGAAAUGAAAUGAAUUUCACUGUUUGGAUCAGAAUAUGUUAAGUUGGACUUUUCUUCUCACUUGAUCAUUGUUGUAUGUUGAGGUGACAUUUGGUGUUACUUUCUACUAAUAUCAAUGAACUGAAAUAGAGUGGGCAACAUUUUUUACACAUUGUCACGAUAUUAAUACUUCUAUACUGGGUUAUAUUGAGCUAAGGUGCAGUGAACUGACCUAAAUUGGACAGAAUCCGUCUGCAUUUUAUCUUGUAAAUUUCUGUGUAAAAGGUACUAGAUUACAUUUUUUCCACAUUGUGCAAACUAAAUCAAACUAAACAAAACUCAGUGGAGCUUAAUAGUGUAGAAAUAUAAUGAAUUCUUUGUGUAAGGAAACUGGAUUUAGAGGCUUGUUAAUCAAUAGAGAAUAAUCAAUGUUAAUCCUAUGGUGUGACCUCUGGCCUGUAAUCAUUCCAACAUGGACACAAGGUCAAAUUCCAUGCCACAUUUUUCCUAGGGCUAUGUGUGCUCACUUCUGUCCCUCUUCAGCUUGGGGUCUACAGACACAGAGAGCCACUGACACAAGUUUGUAGCAUGUCUGGACUGAAAGCACAAGCUGUCCAUUUGAUCCCACCUUACACCCUGACCCGGCUUGCACAAGAGUGGCUGGCAGAGGACACCCCAAACUUUGACCCGGCGGGUGUUUGCGUGGGAUCAGAGGAAGUGGAGGCUAAGUUGCUGUGUAAAACUCCACACACUGUGCUGGCAGGGAGCCCCUUUUUCACAGCAGUGUUUACUGAAGUGGGCUGCACCGUGGACUGGAUUUACCAGGAAGGAGCAGUGAUCACAUCUCCAGGUCCAGAUGCAGUCACUCUGACUGGUGUGGUGAGAGGCCCAGCUAGAUGUCUGCUCCUCGGGGAGCGCCCUGCUCUAAACUGCCUGAGUCGUGCCUCAGGGAUCGCCACCCGCUGCUCUCAGCUCAAUUUGAUGGCAAUGUCCGCAGGCUGGCACGGAGAGGUGGCUGGCACCCGUAAGACCACACCGGGCUUUAGGCUGGUGGAGAAGUACGCCAUGCUGGUGGGCGGCACAUCCAUGCACAGACAGGACCUGAGCGGGAUGGUGAUGCUGAAGGACAACCACAUCUGGGCAUCAGGGAGCAUCACAGAGGCUGUGACAGUGGCCCGCUCAGUGUGCGGCUUCAGCAGCAAGAUUGAGGUUGAGUGUCGCUCCACAGUGGAGGGAAGAGAAGCAGCUGCAGCCGGAGCCGACAUUGUCAUGUUGGACAACUUUCAGCCACAGGAAGUUCAUGUUGCAGCGCGAGAACUGAAGAACGAGUUCCCAGCUCUUCAGAUAGAAGCCAGCGGAGGAGUUACUCCGGAAAACUUAGCUUUGUAUUUCUCAUCGCAUGUAGACAUCAUUUCUCUGGGUUGCAUCACUCAGGGAUGCCCGGUUGCAGAUUUUUCUCUUAAAGUGCAAAAGCCAGGUGCAAGCAGUACGUACAAGCACAUGAUUAAAUUGAACUGAUUGUUGUCAAAUAUCGUUCCUUGCUAAAACAUUCAUUACACUUGAACCUUAUGUCAAGUAACAACUGCAAACUUCAUUGUAUUUUAUGUGCAUAUUUGUGAAGGGGAAAAAAAUUAUAGAUUUUAACAAAAAAAGCAAAAAAUCCAGGUCAACCAGGUGCGUUCAGUAGUCAUCUAUAUUGUCUAUACUAUUAAAUAGAGUCAGCUGGUGUAUAAUCUACCAGUAUAUAUAAUAUAUAUAAAUAUAUAUAAUAUACUUCAUGGCCUUUUAUGCAAACAAUAAAACAUGGUAGUGGCAGCAUGAUGUUGUGGGGAUACCUUUCAAGGCUAAAUACCAGGCAAUUCUGAAAAAAAAAAAAACAGUUUGAUCUUGCAAAUAAUUUGAGAAAAUACGUUGAUGCUUGCUGGCAAAAUAUGAUAAAAUGUACAAAGUUUUAAGGGGUAUAGAUACUUUUGCAGAGCGAUGUAUACAAAACAAACUUUUUUAUGUUUUUUGUGGAUGAGUUGUAGAAGUUGCGUCAAAUCCUGUUUGUCAUUUAAAAGAAGAAUAGAAACUGGACCUUUUAUAUUAUGCUGAAUGUGGGCCAAGUGGCUAAAAACAAAACAUCAAAAAAUACCCCAACAGAGGAACAGAAGCCACAAGUCAAAAUGAAACAGUAAGAACUUGAUGGACAAAAGAAACAAAUAAAGCAAAAACUAACCUAACAUACCUUUGUACCAGUACAGAACAGUGGUUUCAGCUGCACAGACAUUUAUCUUAGGGCUAUGUUUACCACUGUUUUUUUCUUUUUAAAAGGUCAAUAUAUGUUUGGGAUUUAAGAACACAGAUCCUUGGAUCUUUAACUGAACCUGUCCAAGAAUGUCAUCCCAUUUUGUGGGAUUAAAUAUUUCUGACGGUCAACAGUCUCUUCAUCAUAUUUUGGAUUUAAUGUUUUUAACUGAUGAAAUGUUUGGACUGCAGUUGACUGUGCAUUGGAUGCCUACAGAUGUGAGUGCACAUAGAAAUAUUUUUUUAGGCCCAAUUAUGCCUUUUGGCUUGGAUGAGUCAGAACUCCUCUAUUUCAGAGACCUUGGUUUUCAGUCAGAAAAAGGUGUACAGCUCUCUUCAGGUUAAGGGUGAGUUUUUACCUCAAGAGGAGGAUUUUAGGUUUCUUGAUGAAAAAGAGGUCGGAAGGAGAGGACAGAUGGCUCGGUACCUUAUCUGCAAUACUGAUCUGCUAAAGACUUGACAUCAGUGGCCAUUUUUUAUUGCCAAGAAUUCCCACUUCUGGUUUUAAUUUAGUUCAGAAACAUAUGUUAAAAUAUUGCAGUUUUAGCUCAUAGGUCAUUUCCAAAUUAAGCCUGAAUAAAGUUGUUGAAAGUAA